AUGGCGGCUAUUGCCGUUAAAAACUUAUUUGACGAACAGCUCCCUAUCAGCAACCUGGAGUUAAUGGCUGCGGGUACGACUUCACCCGAACAGUUAUUACCUUCUCAUGCGGUGAUGAUACAUGGCGAGCUGGGUACCCACCCCAUGGAGAUCGUAUCUACAACCGGUGCCUGCUGCUGCAGUAUGCAGGCCCUUAAAUAUGCCUACAUGUCUAUUGGCGCCGGCAUGACCAAUGUGGCGGCGGCUGUAGGUUCCGAAAAGCUGAGUACCUGGAUGCAUGCUUCCCGUUUUCAACCGGAAGCCGAUAACCUGCACCAUCUUGAAAAAGAUCCUUAUAUCGCCUUUGAAAAGGAUUUUCUUCGCUGGAUGUUAAGUGAUGGUGCCGCUGCUGCUUUAUUACAAAACGAACCGAAUAAAGAAGGUAUUUCGCUUAAAGUAGAAUGGGUGGAGAUCACCUCUUUUGCUAAUGAAAUAGAAACCUGCAUGUACGCAGGUGCUAUCAAAAAUGAAGACAAAUCGCUGACACCCUGGAACGAUAUGGAUAUGGCGGAAUGGGGCCACCAGAGCGUAUUUUCAUUAAAACAGGACACAAAGUUGCUGGGUGAAAACAUCAUCUUACAGGGCCGCAAUUUCCUGGAAAAGAUCAUUGCUAAAUACCAGCUUACCGGCGACCAGAUAGACUAUUAUCUGCCCCAUAUGUCCAGCGAGUUUUUUAAAAAACAGAUUGAUGACGGCCAUAAGAUCCUGGGCAUAGAUAUUCCGAUGGAAAAGUGGUUCUACAACCUGCCGCGGGUGGGCAAUGUAGGCAGCGCUUCCCCCUUCCUGAUGCUGGAAGAACUGUUCCAUAGCGGCCGGUUGAAAAAGGGUGAAAAAAUAUUGGUAAUGGUUCCCGAAAGCGCACGGUUUUCUUACGCGUACAUCUACCUGACCGUCGUUUAA